UCUCUGGUACCCAGAGCGACAAACCUGCAUCAGUGUUUGCCUGCUGCCCGAGUCGUGCAGCUGUUCCGCUGCUCCUGAACCGGUGGAGCGCAUCGAGUCAAGCACCAUCCGCGCAGCAGAAACAGGCAGGAACCGGACCCAGGCGCAGGGAUGAAGCCCGAGCUAAAGAAGCGUUUCCUCCCGUGAGGAGCGGAGCAGGAGCCUGGAAAGCGCCGGAGGGAAGCGGAGGAGGUGGAGGGGGAGAUCUCGGGGACACAUCCAUGGCGACUGGAGGAGGAGGAGGCGGCGGAGGAGGCGGAGGAGCGGCGCGCAGGAGGAGAGCGGGGCUCCCGGGGUUCUGCUGGAAAACCUGCUACUUUCCUAUCCUGUUCUGGGUGAUUUCCGUGUGCGGAGAGGAGAAGACCUUUAUAGUGGAGACAUGGCUGAAGAACUACGGCUACCUGCUGCCUCAUGACGUCCGGACGUCUGACCUGCGGCAGGAAAAAGCCAUGCAGUCUGCCGUGGCCGCCAUGCAGCGUUUCUACGGCAUCCCAGUCACAGGAAUCCUGGAUGAGACAACGAUAGAGUGGAUGCGGAGGCCUCGCUGUGGCGUUCCUGAUCAUCCUCACACCAGCCGCCGGCAGAGAAACAAACGUUACGCCUUGACAGGGCAGAAGUGGAGGGAGAAGAGGAUCAUCUACAGAAUUUCAAACUACACGCCAAAGGUGGGAGAGAAGGAAACCCACAGAGCGAUCCGACAAGCCUUCAACGUGUGGCAGGCUGUGACUCCGCUCUCUUUCCAGGAGGUCCCAAACUCAGAUGUAGAGAAUGACGGGAAAGACGCUGACAUCAUCAUCUUCUUCGCCUCUGGUUUCCAUGGUGACAGCUCUCCGUUUGAUGGCGAGGGAGGCUUCCUAGCCCACGCCUACUUCCCGGGUGCCGGCAUCGGAGGCGACACCCACUUUGACUCUGACGAGCCGUGGACGCUGGGAAACGCCAACCAUGACGGUAAUGAUCUGUUCCUGGUGGCGGUCCAUGAGUUGGGUCACGCUUUGGGGUUGGAGCACUCCAACGAUCCCAGUGCCAUCAUGGCCCCGUUCUACCAGUAUAUGGACACGCACAACUUCAAGCUGCCUCUGGACGACCUGCAGGGCAUACAGAAAAUCUACGGGAUCCCCACCCCCAUGCUGGAACCCACCCGGCCGUUACCAACGCUUCCUUCCCGACGGACCCACUCCACCUCAGAGUGCAAUAAUGACCGACACUCCCGGCCAGGCCGUCCACCUGGAGAGAGACCAGCUCUUCCUGGGAACGGCAAGCCUAACAUCUGCGAUGGCAACUUCAACACUGUGGCCUUCUUCAGGAAGGAGCUGUUUGUCUUCAAGGACCGCUGGUUGUGGCGCCUGAGGAACAACAAAGUCCUGGAGGGUUAUCCCAUAGAGAUUGAACAGUUUUGGAAAGGCUUGCCUCCUCGCAUUGAUGCCGCCUACGAGAGGUCUGAUGGAAAAUUUGUCUUUUUCAAAGGUAAUAAGUUCUGGGUGUUUAAAGAGGUCAAAGCUGAACCUGGUUACCCUCAGAACCUGAAGGAGCUGGGAAGCUUCCUCCCAAAAGAUGGCAUUGAUGCAGCGGUUCGCUGGGAGGUCGUUGGGAAAACCUACUUCUUCAAAGGAAACCAGUACUGGCGCUACAAUGAGGACAAGCGAGCCGUGGACCCAGGAUACCCAAAAUCCAUCAGUGUUUGGGACGGAGUCCCUGACUCUCCACAGGGAGCCUUCACCAGCAGAGAGGGAUACCACACCUACUUCUACAAAGGGAAGGAGUACUGGAAGUUCGACAACCAGAAACUGACGGUGGAACCUGGAUAUCCAAAGUCCAUAUUACGAGACUGGAUGGGCUGCUACCAGCCAGAGAUGGAGCGCUCCGGCAGCAACCGUGGAGACCGUCAGGUGCCCCUCGACGACGUCGACGUCAUCGUGACCAUCAAUGAUGUCCCCAAGACAGUCAACGCCAUCGCCGUGGUGAUCCCCUGCAUCCUGUCACUGUGCAUCCUGGUGCUGAUCUACACAAUUUUCCAAUUUAAGAGCAAAGGAGCACAGCAGAACACAAUGAUGCAGCACUAUUACAAAUACCCAGUGCAGGAGUGGGUAUGACAGGGAACCAAAACCUUAAACCUGGCAGGGAGCCAAAACCUUCAACCUGACAGGGUCAAGCCUUUGUCGUUUUAAAGCUGGGUUAUUCAACAACAACUCUGGCAAAAGACAGACUGGAAGAUGCUGCUGGCAAAAGAAGCUGACAGCUAAAAAAAGCUCAGAAAGAGUAGAUCAAGACUUUGAUUUAAAACCUUCUGAGAAGUGUUCAUAUUUAAGAAUGUUAAAACCAAACCUAUAAGGCAGUGAAAUAAAGUCCAGGGUGACGUAAAAAAAAAAAAUGAAGUUUGUCUACACCUCUUCUUGGACGUUGGGAGUUCUUGUUGGACCUAAAACAGCUUCUCCUUCUCAGAGAAAAUGACAAGACUUGAGUUUGAAAAUGUCCGCCUGGUCCGGCUCUACCUUCAAGUUUUUUCCUCAGACAACUUUACAUCUGAACUGCUUUAGUUUUUAGGUUUAAACAAAGUUAUGUAAAAAAAAAAAAAAAAAAGGUUAAGAAUAAACUUGAAAAUUAAACAGGUAGAAAGGCCAUAAUAAAAAAGAAAAAAAAAAGGAUCUCUGUGGAUCACAGAACUGUGUUUUCAGUUAUACUGAGAUGGAAAACUGUUGGAGGUUUUUCUCCCUUUUUGACUGAACCACAUACAAACUCACUACAGUUAAUUUUUUUGUUAACAUGAAACUCUCUUUAUUUAGUCAUAGGGACAGAAUUACUCAAUUAAACCGCCCGAUUUUUACAGAAGUAGAAAAAUAAGUCGUCUGCAUAUAAAGACAGUUCUACAGCCUUAUCUGUCCACGCUUGCUGAAGGUUGCUGAGGUUUAUAAUAUUUCAAUUGAUAAAUUACAUAAAUGGGAUCCAUUUAGGAGAAAGAAGUCUGUGUUUAUUUAGAGGGUAUUUGGUGUUUAGUUUUCCACGAAUCUUAUAAGGAAACUUCUUGAGAUUCACAGUAUAUAUUGACUAUAGUGGUAGGAAAGUGUAGCACAUUCUAAUUGCUCAUGGUGCGUUUAUUAAACAGGACAAUUCAGGAAUUUCGAUUGGCUUUGGACUUUGUGGGAUUAGCUUUUGAAUUUUACCUGGAAAUAAGUUUGUUUGUCUCCAGGUAACUUAACUUUCCCAAUUCCUACCAAAAUAUUCCAAUUCAUCAGACUGAGAUUCAUUUUAAGCCUGCCUACCACCAUUAGAUGUAUUUUAGUAAAUAAUCUAAUCUAACACUUUUUCAGAUUUGGCUCAGCAGUUUCCUGAUGCUACAUUUCGGCCUCUUGCUAAAUAAUCUUAUGCUGAUGCUUCACUCACAUCAUUAUGCUGGAUGAUUGAAAAAGAAAGAUGAACUGACAAUAUUAUUUUAAUUUUUAGUAAAUCAGUUAAUGAUUAUCUGAAUUAUAAAAACUUGAGCCACUUACAGAGUUUACAUUUCAUUUUGAUUCCUAUAAAUAAGAAAGAGGAAUCAGAAGAUGACAUCACAGAAAUGCUGGUGAAGGUUCCUAGUCAUCCAGGUCAUAGUCAUUCCAAAAAAACUCGGAACUUAGUCUUAUGGAAUGACUUGGAACAUAUUCUUUCCUAAAAAAAA